UAAAAAUUUAUCUUCGCCUUGAAUUUACUCAACUGCCCAGCCUCUACAGCCCUCUGGGGUAAGGAAUUCCACAGAUUCACAACAGAAUUGAGACAAGAAAUUAAACAGCCGUGGUUAAACCUAAGCUGUCUGCUGCCACUCAGCCAGAUUCCUGUCCAGAAAACCAACAUAAAGUAACAGCUGCUCGGUUACUCCGGUGGUGAUGAAAGCUGUCAUCCUGCUUUUAUGUGUUUUCUUUUAAAUAUUUGUACAACGGAGUGAGCUCACAGAAAAACAGAAAUGCAAGUGACCCUCACCCAGAAAAUCUACAAAGAAAAAGAAUUUGAAGAAAUAAUAUCAGGACAAGUUUGAUACAACUAGCAAGAUCAUAGUCGGGAAUCCAAUGCACAAAUAAAUUUAUUUUGAAAGAAAAUUUCCAGGGUUGUGUUGAACGAUGGUCAACUGUUCUGUCGACCACAGUAUCCACCAGAUCCUGUUUCCCACCGUCUACAUUGGGGUCUUCAUCAUUGGUCUCCCAAUUAACCUCCUGUCCCUGUAUCACAGCUACCUACAGAUCAGACAGAAGAAUGAGCUGGGAAUCUACCUCUGCAAUCUGACCAUCUCAGACCUGCUGUACCUCCUUUCCUUACCUUUGUGGAUUCAGUACAUGCUGCAACAUGACGACUGGCAAUAUUCCCGGGAACUUUGCAUCUUCAGUGGUCUGCUCCUCUACCAAAAUAUCUACAUCAGCAUUGGCUUCCUCUGCUUCAUUGCCAUUAAUCGCUUCCUUGUCGUGGCUUACCCUCUGAAAUUUAAAUUCAUACACAGCAGGAAGGCUGCUUUGCUCAUCAGUAUUCUCAUCUGGCUCAAGGAGAUAGCUGUCUGCACCAUUUACAUGGGCUCCAAGGUUCUCAGUAAAGACGAGGGGAAUGACACUCUGUGUUUUGAACAUUAUCCUCUGCGUCAAAAGGACAGAUAUUUAAAUAUUUACAAACUUUCAAUUGGCUUCAGCCUCCCUUUGAUUUUAUUAAUCUACUCUUACCAUAAAGUGCUGAGGGUUGUCCACAAAAGCCAUGGACUUGAAAGACAGAGGAAAUUAAGAAUAAAAAAAUUGGUAUCUGGGACAAUCAUCAUUUUCCUGGCUUGCUUUGCUCCUUAUCACAUUUUCCUGACGGUUCGAAGCAUAUUUGAGUAUGACUGUCCCUUUGCUGACAGUAUUUUUGAGGUUUACCAUUUUGGGCUCCUGCUGAUGAGUUUAAACUGUGUGGCCGACCCUGUUUUGUACUGUUUCAUAUCACAGAGUUCGCAGAGCUGGUUAGCAAGGUUCCUGGAUCCUCUUAUCAAUCUCUUUCCAUGCGGAAAAAAAGAAGAAAUUGUGGCCCUUGAGAUGAAGGAUAACUCACCACUUACAACCAAAACAAGUCUCUUACCUCAAAGACACCAGAAACAGGCAAAUUAUGAUUACCAACACUCAAAGCAAAACCUCUUGGUUUGAUUUCCUGGUGAACUUGAAGACUGCAGCAGGGCAAGUAUAUUCUCUUCAUCUGUAGAGGUGACCAUUCAAUCAGAGUGUGAUAAUUCCACCAACUGUCCUUCGAUUACAGUAUCC